AUGGCUGGGGCACAACCAUUCUUAGCAGAUGGCAAUCAGGAAUUAUUUCCCUGUGAAGUCUGUGGAAGACGCUUUGCAGCAGAUGUUCUGGAAAGACAUGGACCAAUUUGUAGAAAACUCUUCAACAAAAAACGUAAACCUUUCAAUUCCUUAAAACAAAGAUUGCAGGGCACUGACAUUCCCACUGUGGGGAAGGCGCCUCAGUCCAAGCCACAACCCGUGAGAAAAUCUAACUGGAGACAACAGCAUGAAGACUUCAUUAAUUCGAUUAAGUCAGCAAAGCAGUGUACACUAGCCAUUAAAGAAGGCCGGCCUCUCCCACCUCCACCCUCUCUGACCGUCAGCCCAGAUUAUAUUCAGUGUCCAUAUUGUAAGAGGAGAUUUAAUGAAACCGCAGCCAGUCGACAUAUUAAUUUCUGCAAGGAUCAAGAGUCUCGCCGAGUCUUUGAUCCAGCCCAGACAGCAGCCAGAUUGGCAUCCAGAGCACAGGGUAGAGCUCAAAUGAGUCCAAAAAAGGAACCGACUGUAACCAGUGCUGUGGGAGCUCUGCUACAGAUCAGGGCCCUGGAGGCCAGUGCAGCGCCAACCCGGCCAGGAUCAGCAGUGGACCCUGCUUCUGGAGCAAAACUCAGACAAGGAUUUACUAAAUCUUCUAAAAAAGAUUAA